GGGGCUGCGGCGGAUGAGGCGGGAGGAUGGCGGCGGAGCGGGGAGCGGGGCUGCGCAUCUUCCGCGAUAUAUUAAGAAGAGCAGACAAGAAUGAUGAUGGAAAACUGUCCUUUGAUGAAUUCAAAGCUUAUUUUGCUGAUGGAGUUCUGAGUGGAGAAGAGCUGCAUGAGCUUUUUCGCACCAUUGACACACACAAUACUGAUUCUGCCUCCACUGAAGAGCUCUGUGAUUAUUUUUCAAAGCACUUAGGAGAGUAUGAAAAUGUCGUAUGUGUCCUGGAAGACUUGAACAUAACCAUUCUGAAGGCAAUGGACAAAACAAAGAAAGACUAUCAGGAUGCUUCCAGUUUGGAGCAGUUUGUGACUCGCUUUCUUUUGAAGGAGACACUGAGCCAGCUGCAGUCCCUCCAGAGCUCCCUGGAGUGUGCCAUGGAGAGCACGGAGGAGCAGAGCCGUCAGGAGAGAAAAGAUCCAACAAAACCAGAAGUGCUCUCAGUUCAGUGGCCAGGAAAACGCUUAGCUCGAAGGCUUCAGAGGAACAACAGCCUGUCAUCAAAUAACCCUUCUUCUAGCACAGGUUGGUUUGAGGAAGACAGCCAAUGGGUGAUCCAGAUAAACAGACUCCAGAAGCUAAUUGAUAGACUGGAAAAGAAGGACCUAAAGCUUGAGCCACUUGAAGAGGAAGUUUUGGAAGAAAAUGCAAAAUCUCACAUAAUGAUCGUUCAGCACCAAAUGUCUGUGAAAGAAGAGAAAGUGGAGAAAUUCCGUCUUGCUCUGAAGCAGUACCUGGAAUCUGCUUCUGCUCAAGGUGGCUGCUUGCAUGUUUCCAUACAGAAGCUUUCAAGUAAUUUCCACUUCAUUGUUUAUGAGUUCUGGGAAAACAGCAAUGCCUGGAAUAGCCACCUUCAAAUGAAUUACAGCAAGGCAUUCCAGAGAAGUAAUGUGGAUUUCUUGGAAACUCCAGAGCUCAUCACAACAAUGCUAGUGCCUGGUAAAUACCAACUUUUCACUUUUUUUUUUUUUUUUGUUGUAUGUGAAUGAUUCUAUUAGUGUGUUCCAUAUGCAAGACCACUCCAUAAUAUCACCCUUAUUCAGAUCUUCUUUGGUAAUGUAUAGAGGAGAAAAGGACCCCAAAUGUUUCUAUUUGAACCACAGAAAUAUAACAUGCAUCA